AUGCACCUGUCCGCGCUCCUGCUCACCCUGGAGAAGGAAGAGAAGGGAGCCGCCUCGGCCAUGUGCUCGGUAAGCGAGGCAGGCAGCACAGACCCCUUGGUGACCCGCUUCAGGCAGGUGGAGGAGACGCUGGAGAAGCUGCACCGGGAAAACAGGAGCUUGAAGAAUAAAGUGCCUCGGUACAACGCGCUCUGCACCUUGUACCACGAGUCCGCGCAGCAGCUGAAGCACCUCCAGCUGCAGCUGGCGGCCAAGGAGGCGACGAUCCGGGAGCUGCGGGGCAGCCUGGCCCGGCAGCGGCAGCCCCCGGCGGCGGGCGGGGAUGCGGCGGCGGGCGCGGAGCCGGCCCGCUCGCUGGUGGAGAGCCUGCUGGAGCAGCUGGGGCAGGCCCGCGAGCAGCUCAGGGACAGCGAGCGGCUCUCGGCGCGGAAAGUGGAGGCGCUGAGCCAGGAAGUGCAGAAGCUGAAUCAGCAGCUAGAGGAGAAAAACGGAGAGAUACAGCAGAUGAUAAAUCAGCCUUCAUAUGAAAAGGAGAGAGAAAUCUUGCGACUGCAGAAGACUUUGGCAGAGAAGGAAAAGGCUCAGGCCACCAGUGAUGUUUUGUGCCGUUCACUCACUGAUGAAACUCACCAACUUCAACGCAAAUUAGCAUCCACAGCAGAAAUGUGCCAACAUCUGGCAAAAUGUCUAGAAGAGAAGCAAAGAAAAGAGAAGGGGAGCGCAGAUGACCAGUUACCUACAGAAAGAUCUAAUCAGCUUUUAGACAAUGAAACUUCACUUCAAGCUCUUAUUUGCAACCUGCAAGAGGAAAACAGGAUGUUAAAACAAAAAGUAGCGCACGUGGAAGAUUUAAAUGCCAAGUGGCAGAAGUACGAUGCGAGUCGGGAUGAGUACGUGAAGCGACUCCACUUGCAGCUGAAGGAGAUGAGGUCACAGCUGGAGCAGCACCACGGCACAACUCCAGCACAAAGGAAUUCUGACCUGAUGCACAAGGAGAUAUUCCGGUUAAACAAACUACUGGAAGAAAAAAUGAAUGAGUGCAUAAAAGCCAAGAGAGAGCUAGAAGACAUGAAGAAGACCAGUGAAGGAGAUAAUGAGCGCAUACAAAUGCUGGAGCAACAGGUCCUGGUUUAUAAAGACGAUUUCACAUCUGAGAGAUCAGACAGAGAACGAGCACAGAGUAAAAUACAAGAACUUCAGGCAGAAAUUGCAUGUCUGCAACACCAGCUAGCAAGAAGACAGGACUCAAGAGACACAAGUAGUCAUUUCAGGGCUCACGCUGGUAACCAAAAUCAUUUGUACGUUCAGACAAAUGUCGAACAUCUACGAGGCAGCAGCCCAGGACAGACAGGCACAAGAAGAACAAACUCACAGUCUGAACAAGCUUCUCCUCCUGGGGACAAUGGACACUUGGGAUCUGAAGGCAGGGCACAGGGUGAACUCAGAUGCCCUCAUUGCAUGAGGUUUUUCAAUGAUGAACUCAGUGAUGAAUUCCUCAAGCAUGUUACUGAAUGUUGUCAGUGACCACAGGAUGUGAGGGGUGUAAGUCAAUCACUACUUUCA